AUGGAUACAUAUACAACGCAACGAAGGCUUGCUACGUCACAUUGGCUAGCUUUAGCUUGAGCCAAAGCAGCCUGCCUAUGACAAAGGAAAGACGACGACGACGACGAGUGGGAAAGAGUUUUAGUUGCGCGGUGUUAGUUGCGAAGAGACCGGGAAACAGAGCUGGUCAGAGGGUCACAAAAACAAAAAAAGUAUGACGGGGCUUCCGAGGGACGUCACAAGAUGGCUGCAGAGUCUCGAGUUGACUGUACAGUCAUUGAACGUCCGCAGAGACUUUUCCACUGGCUACCAUGUGGCCGAGAUGUUUUGUCGUUAUUAUCCCAGGGAUUUUCAAAUGCACGCCUACAGCAGGGGAGCGUCCUUCUCUGCCAAACAGGACAACUGGAACAAGAUACUUCGGACAGUGCAGAAGUUGCAUCUGCAAUUGACAGAGAAGCUGGUCUACGGAACCAUCCACUGUAAACCAGGAGCGGCCGAGAUGCUGGUGCAGCAGGUGUAUACUAUCCUGACCAAGCACAGGCCUCGAACAGCUCAAAACCCAGAAUUGGACUUCUCUGAUCAGAAGUACCAGCAGCUCCUCCCCCCUGCUGCUCGCUCCACAGCCAGCACGGCUGUGAAGAGCAACCUGAGGAAGACUGAGGUCAUGGCUGUGUCAGACCUCAUCGCCAACGGGAGGAGAGCUGAGGCCAUUAUCUGCAAGCACCUGCAGGACAAGGAAUUGACUGACCGAGAGCGUUCAAAUAAAUCAAUCAAGCGGAUGACCGGGAAUGAAUUGAGUCCAGAUGGAAAGCUCUCAUCUGUGUUGUGCCUCCAGCCACCACUGAGUGUUGCUAAUCUCUCGUAUAAGACCAUCAAAGUGAACCAGCCUGCCAGAAGACUCCCGCCAAGCUGUUAAAAGCAGACAAUAUGUCCCCCGCCCCAUCCAAAACAUUUUCCAGUUGUCCCAAUAACAUAGCUUAUCUAUAGAAACAACCCACAAGGUUCUAUAAUUUGAUUUUUGUUUUCCUUUGUUUUUUUUUUUACAUUGAAAAGUCCUAUUCCUUAAGUUGUCCUUUUGAAGAUCCAAAAUCGAUUGUUGUUUACACUAAAUAGCACAAUUUCCUCAAAUACACUGAACUAACCUGCAAUCAUACUUGCAGACGUUACGUCAUUAAGAUUUGGUUUAAAAGAACCACAAGGUGGCAGCACUAGUAGAGACGACUGAAGUCAAUCACAUCAGCAUGAAAAUAAUGCAACAUGCACCUGCUUUAUCUUUAUGUUGUUCACUGCAUUCCUUUUUUGUUUGUUUGUUUUACUCAGACAUUUUGAUUGAUACAUCAUCUGGAUUAAGAUAAGAACAGUUGAAAAUGGAGUGUUUCUUAUAUUCCAAUAAAUACA